AUGAAGAUAACCGCAGUCGAUUUUGAAGUCGUCACUUUACCCAUUCCGAGAGACCACACCACGUACACGACAGUUUUCACCCUUGGCUCUGUUUCAUCAUCUAAAGAGACUUCCUACACACCGAAUACCGUGAGCUCAGACUCCGAGCAGCCGAAAACAUCUACUCACCAAGAUCAUGCUGCUUUAAUAGGUGCUAUGGAGAACGAGGAGAACGAGGAGAACGAGGUGAACGAGGUGAACGAGGUGAACGAGGUGAACGAGGAGAACGAGGAGAACGAGGAGAACGAGAACGAGGAGAACGAGGAGAACGAGGAGAACGAGGAGAACGAGGAGAACGAGGAGAACGAGGAGAACGAGGAGAACGAGGAGAACGAGGAGAACGAGGAGAACGAGGAGAACUAG